AAGCGAUAGACCCUAACUCAUUCCGGCCUAACGAAAUCUGAGAAAGUGACGGCGAGGAAGAGAGAGAAUGUGGUUCACCGGCGGAGGAGCAGGAGGAGGACUAAGGAAGCUCUGUAGAGCCUCAGCGGCUGUUUUAGAGAACGAGAUGAGCUCCAACUCUCUGUUGGUGAGGUACAUGUCAAGAGAACGAGCUGUUAACGUCCGAAAGAUAAACCCAAAGGUUUCGAUCCAAGAAGCUCACAUCAUCUCCACUUCUCUCUACGAUGUCUUCAAGAAACAUGGUCCUCUUUCCGUUCCCAAUACUUGGCUCCGCGCUCAGGAAGCUGGGGUUAGUGGAAUAAACAGCAAAACUCAUAUGAAGCUGUUGCUGAAAUGGAUGAGAGGAAGAAAGAUGCUUAAGUUAAUCUGCAACCAAGUUGGUUCCUCUAAAAAGUUUUUUCACACCAUUUUACCUGAAGAUCCUCAUCAAGAGACACCACCUGUUGCUGCUGCUACUGCGACCGAGAACAAGAAACAAACCUUAAAGAGAAGAAGCAAAUAAAUGGAUAUGGUCUUUCACAUACUCGAGAGAGCUACUCUCAGUGGGGGCCACAUCCUGCUGUUUUUUUUGGUGUCCGUCUACAUAGGGUUUCUCUCUUGUUUUGAUCUGGUUUUAGUCCCCAGGAAAACAUUAAAGUUGCUUGUGUAGGAAUUCUUGAGAAACUCAUGGCCUGUUUUGAUCUGUUUGCUGAGCUCCCUUUGAAUAAAAGUAACAUCAAUUUACAUUGCA